GGCCUAUUAAUGAAUCAGGAAUUAGUUAUCCCUUCCAUCAAUUUGGUCCGCAGUUUAUUUGGGCGUUAGGCGUUCGAAUCACCGCUUUAAGGAAGAUUUCAAUCUUCAUAAUUUUGUCAUAAUUUCUUUGCUGUAGACGGAUUCAAUUUUUUUGGCUCUCUGCAGUCAGCCUUUCGAGUUUAUGAGAUAGCAAACAGGCCAGUAAAACCAGAUGGCAGGUCAAGCUUCUGGAUCCGAGCAUGAUAGAAAAUUUGAAAAUAAUACCUGCAAAGAAACACAAAUUGCAGGACUGAGAACUGAACUUGGAAGCAUACAAUGUGGGACAGGUUGUGGUUUUGUUGAUGCAGAAAGUCGUGCUGCAGAUGCAAAAGAACGGGCAGCAUCAACAAAGAAGCUAUGGAUAGCUGUAAUCUUGUGUUUUCUUUUUAUGAGCCUUGAAGUAGUAGGUGGAAUAAAGGCAAACAGUCUGGCGAUUCUCACAGAUGCGGCACAUUUAUUCUCAGAUGUGGCUGGUUUUGCUAUUUCCCUGUUUGCAAUAUGGGCGUCUGGUUGGGAAGCUACACCCCGUCAAACAUUUGGGUUUUAUCGCCUUGAGAUUUUAGGUGCACUUGUCUCUAUACAACUAAUUUGGCUUGUUACUGGGAUUCUUGUGUAUGAGGCCAUUGUAAGGAUGCUAACCAAUACAAGUAAGGUUGAUGGGGAGCUUAUGUUUAUUGUUGCAGCAUUUGGGUUUUUGGUAAACCUUGUCAUGAUCUUCUUACUUGGGCACGGACACAGUCAUGGGCAUGGGCACAGUCAUGGGCAUGAUGAUCAUGGCCAUGUCCAUGGGCAUGAUCAUGAUCAUGAUAAUGGCAAUACUCGUGAGCAUGAUCAUAAUCACGGCCAUGGUCCCAAUGAGGAACAUCAACAUGAACAGAAAGAUAAACAUUCUGAAGAACAUAGUCAUAAACAUAGUCAUCAUGAUGACCACAGUUCCUGUAAUUUGAGCUUGGAUGUAAACAGUUCUCGUAAGCUGGUUGUUGAUAUCAACAGUCCUCACAAGUUGAACAUUGUUGUCGGUAAAGAUACAAUAACAGAACCUUUGCUUUCUGGCAUUGAGUGUCAUUCAGAUGAGCAAGAAGGUGACUUUACUUACAAAUGGAGGAAUGUUGACAACAAAAAUUUACAUGGGGCUACACUCAGGUUAGAUGAGGAUAUUGAAACAGGUUUGAGAAAGAAAAAAUCACCACAUAAGAAUAUAAAUGUUGAAGGGGCGUAUCUUCAUGUUCUUGGAGAUUUGAUUCAAAGUAUUGGAGUGAUGAUAGGAGGAGCAUGUAUUUGGGCAAAACCCGAAUGGAGAAUUAUUGAUUUAAUAUGCACUCUUUUUUUCUCAGUUCUUGUGCUGAUAACCACUAUCAACAUGUUGAGAAAUAUACUUGAAGUUUUAAUGGAGAGCACUCCACGUGAGAUUGAUGCCACAAAACUUGAGGAGGGAUUGAUGGAAAUUUCUGGAGUGGUGGCUGUUCAUGAACUGCACAUUUGGGCCAUUACAGUUGGUAAAAUCUUGUUGGCUUGCCAUGUAAGGAUCAAGUCUGAUGCAAAUGCUGAUCUAAUUCUUCAGAAGGUUAUAGAUUAUUGUGACAAGGCUUACAAAAUAAGUCAUGUCACUGUUCAAAUUGAACGGGAUGCAAACUAAUGCCAGAUAGCAAUUCAAGAAGAAAGGGAUAUUAAACAGUUGAGACUGAUGUCCAUAUAAGAAAAAAGAAUUUACCGUGUCAGAUGUCAAUGUAUUAGGAACUAGAUUUUCUUAAUGUUAUUGGUCAAGCCAAACUGUGUUAUGCCUGACAAUGCGAGUCUCUAUCUUCUCUAUUGAAGGAACAUGAAGAUGACCGAGGUUAUUUUGAAUGCAGUAGCGAACAGAACAAGACUAACGAAAAAAUUGAUUAUUAUUAAUUUGAGGGUUCCUUUUCUAUCAUGAA